UUUAACCGUUUACACACAUAUCCAAAACAUAUUCGAUCGAAUGCAUUCUUAAGCGAUUUAAAUGUUUUAUUUCAUUUGAUUUGUGUUUGUUAGUUAUAUUGUUUUACGUGUUGAUUAUUGAAUUUUCAGAAAAAAAGAUCUUUCUAGUGGGAACCGACAAAUAAGUCAUCGGUAAUAGCAAAAUAGCAAUAUGUUUGAUGUCAUUGCGACGGCAAAGAAAACACAGUGGUUGUCAUUUCCCACGCUAAGUUCGAAAUACACACAUCCACACGUUGGUGAUGAGACCGUCGAUUUUCAAGUUAUUCCUGGCAAAAAUUGUUUUGUAGAAUUCAAUAAAAAAUUCGGGUUUGAAUUAUUGCGCACAAUAAACAGCGAUGGCAAAGAACAAAUUCAACGCAUUAAAAAGCGACGAGUGGAUGACAUAUCGUGUGGUGCAAUUGCAAAAGUUAAUGGUGAAGAGAUUGCACUUGGUAUGACAACUGGCAUCAUUCGAUUUUUUCAUGUAAGAAGCGGUGAAUACAUGCCGAUUAAAUUCCAACCGGAUCGAUUGGGAAACAGUGUAGUUGGCCUGGACUAUUCGAACACAAAUGAAUAUUUGGCAGCGGUUUAUGAUAGUGCUGAUAUUAAUUUAUUUGCCCUUAAAACUGGCAUGAAAACCGACACAUUUAAGUUCAGUGGCAAUUCUACGUUAGUACGUUUUCAUCCGGUCAGAAAGUUUGCGUUGGCCGUCGGUGCGUAUGAUGGUUCCAUUACUAUGUUGGAUAUUCAAACAAAAAAGAAGCUAUUCUUCGAGGAAGCGGCACACGACGCGCCAAUUCGAGAUAUUUCCAUGUACGAUUCAUCGCAAGACUUGUUCGUAACAUGUGGAUUCGAUUGCAGCAUCAACGUAUUCGAUUUACGUAGAAGUCUAAAGGUGCAGCAAUACAAACAACCCCAUCCAAUGUCAACGAUUUGCGUGUCGUCAUGUGGCACGUUUUUAGUGGCUGGUAAUUUGAAAGGAGAUGUCAUUUCUUAUGAUUUUCGUUCGAUGAAGGAACCGCUUGAUACAAAACGAGUACAUGAUAGUGCAAUUGUACGAGUGGCAUUCAUUCCCAGUGUCACCACAGGUGUAGCAAGUAAUACAUUUGUCGAAAGCAUAGGCUCAAGUCUAGAGACAACAAAUGCCACAUCACGGCCAUCAAGUGGCUGCAGUCCAAUGAGUGCAUUCGAUGUAUCGCCUUACAACAAUAUAAUCGAAACGCCAGUAGCCGCAACACCAGCAAGUCGACGUGAUAGUUGGUCGGAUUUGCUGGCAACAAAGAAGAUUCAUGACUUUUCAAUGGAUUCAGUGGCCGAAACACCAACUCGAUUGUCCAUUUUAGGUGAUACACGUUUUGAAUCGUCUUCGGACCAACAAUCACGACUGUCUAUGGAUAUGACGGUGAGCAGAGAUCAAAGUAUACCUAUGAAAGUGUCAGAAAUGAAAGAAAAUCAGAGUGGAAAAAUGGAAAAACCAGUGAUUGAAUCAAAACGUCGUCGUUUAACUCAUACAACAGUGGCAUUGGAAGAGAUCGAAGAAGAAGAAGAAGCACUACCCAGAACUGAAUCGAGAUCUAAUAAUCAAUCCGAUGCAAAUCCAAAAAAAUGGUUGCACACAGUUGAUCAUAAGCAAUUUGCUGACACGUUUGCCGCCUAUGUUCAACGAAUAUACCAUGGUAAAGGUGCUGAGAGCCAAAUUGGCUUCGGCGAAGAAGAUAAAGAAAAUCGUCCGGACAAUCAUCAAUCGAGUCCGAAUCCAGCUGAUACAGUCGUUGAACCAUUGACGGUUACACAAAUCCCAAGCUGUAAUAACAGCAACGAAAUAACCAUCGAUUCACAGAUGCUCAGCGAAAUGCUGCGCGACAAAUUACGAAUACUUGAAUUAGAAUUUGAGAAUCAAAUCCGAAAUUGGCAAAAGAAUGUAAUGGAUUCCGUUCAAACAAAGAUGCGAGAACUCACAACAGAUGUACGGUACAUUCAAGGUCGUUAUUUUCAAAGUGAUUUCAAUCACCGAUUCCGAAAUCACUGUGAAAUCGAAGACCAACUUGCAUUGUACGAAGAAGGAAUCGCAGCAAUGUUGCAUCGAGACACAGUUGAUGAUCAAUGGCCUAUUUAUGCUAAAGAAUCGGAGAAUUUGCUGCGCCGGUAUCAUGAGCAACAACAAUUGAAUCCGAAAUAAUAGAAUAUUUUUUUAUAAGAUCGUUUGUACAGAGUUUAGAAGCUAAGAAGCUAAUUCGUAAGAUUUGUAGUAAUAAGAAUCAAAUUCUUGUUUAAGUUUGUAUUUUUUUCAAAGAAAUGUUUUCAUAAGAAAAUGUACUUGUUUCGCAUUGAAUGUAAACAAAAUUCAAGGUCAAAGAACCACAAAUAACGCUUAUAUCUUACAUCGUGUAAACAUCAGUUGUUUUCUAAGCGUGCAAAGAAAAAAUUUAUUGAAUAAAAUGUAAAGAAUCUCAAAUAAAGCCACUUUCAUUUUUAUAUA